GAUCGAGAGAGCUGGGAGAGAGAGAGGCUGCAAUCUCCUCCCUGAAUCGCGCACAGCGCUGCAGAUCCCACUGCUCCGACAUGCGGGCCGAAUGCAGGUGAGAAAAGGCACGGACUCUGCGGCUGGGAACCCAAACUUGGGCACCGCGCUGUGCGCACGGCUCAGCAUUCGCCCCCGCCAGCGAACGGCUGCUGCGGUUUCAGGCGGAGGCUUCGUGACUAAUGACCUUGCGCAGAGUUGUUAAGAGAAAAGAGAAACCCGACCUCUCCGGGUGAGAAGGGACUGACUCUGGGCGUCUCUGAAGAUGGCUCGGGCUGCUCUUUGGCGCGCCGGGGGGACCCGGAAUCGGGCCGCUCUGUGACGCGAGGAGUCUCCACUGCACCGUACCCGAAGAGCCCUGCCGGGGAUUUUUGCAUUCUCCGUGUGUUGACCGGCUCUCCCGCUGCCCGAGCGGAGUCGGAGUUGAGACCGGCUUGUUGCUGGCCCCAGAGCCUCGUGCAGGAAGCGACUCACGUUGGCUUGGGCAGCGGUAGCAGGAGCAGAGGCUGGGUCUGGAGUGAGUGGCUGGAACGUGAAUUGGACUCAACUCAAGGAGCAGCAAAGACGAGCGGCGCUGACGGGGGAGGCUACAGGCUCUUCCCGCUGCUUCCCAGCCCCACCGCCCGCCUGCCGGAGCGGUUCUGGCCCCUUCCCAGAGACCAGGGACGGGAGCCCGGGAUCCUCCGCCCGCUGCGGGAAUGACUCUGGGUGGGGGGAGCUGCCGAGCCCGCGGCGCGCAGUGUCCCGUGAACUGUGAGUACUGCGACUGAACAGCGGCCGGCAAGCGGGCGAUUAGCACCCAUUGCAUGAAUUAUGAAACAAUAACUUUCGGAAGAAACAGGAGGAAAAUAAAGCAUCUAUCGCCGGUCCCGUCUCCACACACACCCCCACCGCCAGCUCCAGCCAAGUCCACGCGCUGCUUUUGCCCCCUCCCUCCCCUGCCUCUCGCUCCUGCCUUUCCUGGAGAGGGGAGAGGACCGCGGGGAGGGCAGGCGGCCGGCCCGGGAGGAGGGGGCGCCGAGGGGGCUGUGGUUAGAAGGAACAGUAGCAGCAGCAGCAGGAGAAGACGCUGAGGAUGCGGACGGCGGGGUGGGCGCGCGGCUGGUGCCUGCGCUGCUGCCUCCUCCUGCCGCUCUCGCUCAGCCUGGCGGCCGCCAAGCAGCUUCUCCGGUACCGGCUGGCCGAGGAGGGCCCCGCCGACGUCCGCAUCGGCAACGUCGCGUCCGACCUGGGCAUCGUGACCGGCUCGGGCGAGGUGACGUUCAGCCUGGAGUCGGGCUCCGAGUACCUGAAGAUCGACAACCUCACGGGCGAGCUGAGCACCAGCGAGCGCCGCAUCGACCGGGAGAAGCUGCCCCAGUGUCAGAUGAUCUUCGACGAGAACGAGUGUUUCCUGGACUUCGAGGUGUCGGUGAUCGGGCCCUCGCAGAGCUGGGUGGACCUCUUCGAGGGUCGGGUCAUCGUGCUGGACAUCAACGACAACACGCCCACCUUCCCGUCGCCCGUGCUCACGCUCACGGUGGAGGAGAACCGGCCGGUGGGCACGCUGUACCUGCUGCCGACCGCCACCGACCGUGACUUCGGCCGCAACGGCAUCGAGCGCUACGAGCUGCUCCAGGAGCCCGGGGGCGGCGGCGGCGGCGAGGGCCGACGCUCCGGGCCGGCCGACAGCGCCCCCUACCCCGGGGGCGGCGGGAACGGCGCGAGCGGCGGCGGCGGCGGCUCCGGAGGCUCCAAGCGGCGGCCGGACGCGCCCGAGGGCGGCGGCGGGCCCAGCCCCGGCGGCCGCAGCAGCGUGUUCGAGCUGCAGGUGGCGGACACCCCGGACGGCGAGAAGCAGCCGCAGCUGAUCGUGAAGGGGGCGCUGGACCGCGAGCAGCGCGACUCCUACGAGCUGACCCUGCGGGUGCGCGACGGCGGCGACCCGCCCCGCUCCUCGCAGGCCAUCCUGCGGGUGCUCAUCACCGACGUGAACGACAACAGCCCCCGCUUUGAGAAGAGCGUUUACGAGGCCGACCUGGCGGAGAACAGCGCCCCGGGGACGCCCAUCCUGCAACUGCGGGCCUCCGACUUGGACGUGGGGGUCAACGGGCAAAUCGAGUACGUGUUCGGGGCGGCCACCGAGUCGGUGAGGCGGCUGCUGCGGCUGGACGAGACGUCCGGCUGGCUCAGCGUCCUGCACCGCAUCGACCGCGAGGAGGUGAACCAGCUGCGCUUCACGGUGAUGGCGCGCGACCGCGGGCAGCCCCCCAAGACCGACAAGGCCACCGUGGUGCUCAACAUCAAGGACGAGAACGACAACGUGCCGUCCAUUGAAAUCCGCAAGAUCGGACGCAUCCAGCUCAAGGACGGGGUGGCGAACGUGGCCGAGGACGUCCUGGUGGACACCCCCAUCGCUCUGGUGCAGGUGUCGGACCGAGACCAAGGCGAAAACGGGGUGGUCACCUGCACCGUGGUGGGCGACGUGCCUUUCCAGCUGAAGCCAGCCAGCGACACAGAGGGCGACCAGAACAAGAAGAAGUACUUUCUGCACACCUCGGCCCCCCUGGACUAUGAGGCCACCCGGGAGUUCAACGUGGUCAUCGUGGCUGUGGACUCGGGCAGCCCCAGCCUCUCCAGCAACAACUCCCUGGUGGUCAAGGUGGGAGACACCAACGACAACCCGCCGGUCUUCGGCCAGUCGGUGGUGGAGGUUUACUUCCCUGAGAACAACAUCCCGGGAGAGAGGGUGGCCACCGUGCUGGCCACAGACGCCGACAGCGGGAAGAAUGCCGAGAUCACCUACUCCCUGGACUCCUCCGUGCUGGGGGUCUUUGCCAUUGACCCUGAUUCUGGGGACAUCCUCGUCAACACGGUGCUGGACAGAGAGCAGACUGACAGGUAUGAGUUUAAAGUUAAUGCCAAAGACAAAGGCAUCCCCGUGCUGCAGGGCAGCACCACUGUGAUUGUGCAGGUGGCUGAUAAGAAUGACAAUGACCCUAAAUUUAUGCAGGACGUCUUUACCUUUUAUGUGAAAGAAAAUUUGCAGCCCAACAGCCCAGUGGGGAUGGUCACCGUGAUGGAUGCUGACAAAGGGCGGAAUGCUGAGAUGAGCCUCUUCAUAGAGGAGAACAGUAAUAUUUUUUCUAUUGAAAAUGACACUGGGACCAUUUACUCCACGAUGUCCUUUGACCGGGAACAUCAAACCACAUACACUUUCAGAGUCAAGGCCGUGGAUGGGGGAGAUCCUCCCAGGUCAGCCACAGCCACAGUCUCUCUCUUUGUGAUGGAUGAAAACGACAACGCUCCCACAGUCACCCUUCCCAGAAACAUUUCCUACACUUUACUGCCACCUUCAAGUAAUGUCAGGACAGUGGUAGCUACUGUGUUGGCCACAGACAGUGACGAUGGCAUCAAUGCAGACUUAAACUACAGCAUUGUGGGAGGGAAUCCCUUCAAAUUGUUUGAGAUUGAUCCCACUAGUGGUGUGGUUUCCCUAGUGGGAAAACUCACCCAAAAACACUAUGGCUUGCAUAGGUUGGUGGUCCAAGUGAAUGACAGUGGGCAGCCUUCCCAGUCCACCACCACUUUGGUGCAUGUGUUUGUCAAUGAAAGUGUUUCUAAUGCAACUGUGAUUGACUCCCAGAUAGUCAGAAGUUUGCACACCCCACUCACCCAGGAUAUAGCUGGUGAUCCAAGCUAUGAAAUUAGCAAACAGAGACUCAGCAUUGUCAUUGGGGUAGUUGCUGGCAUUAUGACUGUGAUUCUGAUCAUCUUAAUUGUAGUCAUGGCAAGGUACUGCAGGUCCAAAAAUAAAAAUGGCUAUGAAGCUGGCAAAAAAGAUCAUGAAGACUUUUUUACACCCCAACAGCAUGACAAAUCUAAAAAGCCUAAAAAGGACAAGAAAAACAAAAAGUCUAAGCAGCCUCUCUACAGCAGCAUUGUCACUGUAGAAGCUUCUAAACCAAAUGGACAGAGGUACGAUAGUGUCAAUGAGAAGCUGUCAGACAGCCCAAGCAUGGGGCGAUAUCGGUCAGUUAAUGGUGGGCCAGGCAGUCCUGACCUGGCCCGGCAUUACAAAUCCAGUUCCCCAUUGCCUACUGUCCAGCUUCACCCCCAGUCACCAACUGCAGGAAAAAAACACCAGGCCGUACAAGAUCUACCACCAGCCAACACAUUUGUGGGAGCAGGAGACAACAUUUCAAUUGGCUCAGAUCACUGCUCUGAGUACAGCUGUCAGACCAAUAACAAGUACAGCAAACAGCCAUUUCGUAGAGUGACGUUUUCUGUUGUGAGUCAGCCUCAGGACCCACAUCAGGGGUCACUGCAGAGUUGCUAUGACAGCGGGCUGGAGGAGUCAGAAACACCAAGCAGUAAGAGCUCAUCAGGGCCGAGGCUGGGUGCCCUUCCACUCCCAGAGGACAACUAUGAAAGGACCACGCCGGAUGGCAGUGUUGGUGAGGCAGAGCAUAUGGAAAAUGAUUCAAGACCUCUUCCAGAUGUAGCCCUGACCGGGAAGUGCACUCGCGAGUGUGACGAGUAUGGCCACUCGGACGCCUGCUGGAUGCCCGUCCGCACUUCUCCAGAGAGGAAGAAGAGCCAGCCCAAACUCUCUACUUUCAUGCCUGUCGAUGAACGAGGAAGCCAGGAGAAGCUGGCCAAUGGUGAGGCUGCCAUCAUGGGUGACCGCAACAGAAACCUCCUCAACAAAAAGUUGACCUCAUCCUAUGAGACCUUCAGUGCAGCUAGUUUCAGCAAAAAUGAGGAAGCCAAUCCCGAGGAUAUUCCCCUGACCAAGACAGGGGAAUACAAGCCAUCUCCUGUCAACACGCUCACUAGAAGAGAAGUUUACCUGUAGGCUGUCAAGGAGCAACAGCAAUGUCUUUUCAUGUAUGAGAAGGAGAAUAAGGGGCAAAAGAAAACAAAAAACAACAAAAAAACCCUUACAAAGCAAAACCGUUUAAUCACAAAGAGGGGGGCUACCAAAGAGACAAAGUUUUGCCUGCCACUUCUGCCUCCAGAUCAGGCCUCUAGUGAUACCGUCAGCCUGAUGGUAAUGUACAAUGUAGAAAACAUCCUUGUUACUGCAUGUCGAACCCCCCUCACGGAUUCCCAACAUGCACUCUCUCUUCCCCACCCCUCUCCAAAAAAAAAGAAAAAUGAAAAAAAAAAAAGAUGGUUGCAGGUUUCUUUCAUGGUAACAAACUCGAUGAGCAGAACCCAACACACUCUUCAUCCCUAAGCUGCAGCAUGAUUUUAGUCACUUUGAUUUUGUUCGAGUGUCAUCUGGCUGGUCAAUAAAAGCAGGGCAGGGGAAAUGUAUUUCAGAUACACGAUCAGAAUAUGGUUUAACACCAUCGAAGGCAACCCAUUAAAAAUGGUAGAGUCCUUCUAACGGUACACCCUUUAUAAAGGGGGAUUCUAUGAAAAAGGAUGUAGGGCAGAUCAUAGCAUUAAUAUUCCAACAAAAACUAAGAGCAAAACAAUAUUCAGUGAGUGAAUGAAGUCCCAGGCUGGCAUAACGUUUUCAGGUCAAGAACAUCAACUUCAAUUUCAUACAUUCCCCGAAUAUUCUCAGUAAACACACAAUCUUGAUUGUGUAUAAUCAACUACACUAAUUAAGACUUGUAAAAAGUAUGUAUUUUUUUUUUCAGAAUAUGAACCUUAUUCUCAACUGACUUGACAAUGGUGUCAUUAAAAGGCCAAAGAUCAUACGACAGAUCAGGGAAAUCAUGAAGUUGAUUUGGUCUUGAUGUAGAAAAUCAUUAAACAGAAAAAGCAGCUGAACCCAGGCACGUACAGAAACACCCAGGAACUACUUUAUCUCAUAGUGUUUCUAUACCCAGGAAACAUACUUCCUUUUUAUAAUGAAUCUUAUUUGAAAGUUCAGAAAAUGAAGAACUAAUGAGACAUAGUUUGGGUAUUAUUCUAUGAAUAGGCCAUUGAUUGAGGUUCACAUUUAGUUUCAGGUAAUCUUGUCAGGGAAGAUGACACUUUUUAAAUUUUUAUUUAUAGGAAGUAAGGUAGGAAAAGGAGGUAUUGGUCUACAGUCUAGUCAGUCAAGUUCACUAUUAUCACGUUACGAGCUAUGCUUGCUGGCCUUACUUUCCACAUUUCAAAUUACAAUUGCUUGUUUUACUUGUUUGGUGCAAGCUUCCAUCUAACUCAAGUGCAUUCAUUUUAAAUUGUGUGCAAUAUAGAACGAUUUCUGGACUCCAGCAUUGAAACAAGGUGACACCCAAUUAACUUUGUCAUUAAUGUAAUUUGAACAUGUCUUAAACAAAUCCAGAUGGAACAUGAAAGAAAUGAAUUCUAGGCAGUGACAUUUAUCACAGUAUGUACAUCUCAAACUUGGAAAAUAUGGCUUUUUUUUUUUCGGUGCAAUAAAAAGAAACAGAAUAUGCAGAUUGUGAGCCACUUGCUCUCUACAGGAUGACUUAAUGCAACUAAAAAACUGAACUGGGACAUUCAGAUACAAGUGACAAUCCACAGACAGAAUAGGGAACAACAGGUAAAGAGAGCACACGUUCUCACCCUGAAGGUUUGAAACCUGGCCUUGAUGGCUCUCUAGCAAAUAGUAGAAACAGCGUAGCUUUGGGUAGUUUCAUGCUUUGCAGAAUUUCUUAAGACUCUAAAGUGAAGCAGCCUGGAAGAUAGGUUGACAAUUCACUAUACGUCCUCAACAUACUUAUCUUUGAAAAUCACUUCUCUGUACGGUGGGGUACACUGUGGGGGUCAUUUCCUUAUGCUCUCUCUUAAAUGGAGUUUUCAUUUUGAUGUUAGUUUAUGUAUAAUAGGUAGGACGAAGAGAGAUAUGUAAUUGAAUCAAAAACAUUGGAUUAAAAUAUCAAUAAUUGAACAUGUUCAUGUUUGAUUAUUAUUUACACUAUGGAAAGAUGCAAUUCUAGUACUUUGUUAGGAAACUGCAUUAAAGCAGUUCUGCCUUGUAUAAUCUGUAAGUACCUAUUAAGACAGAAUACUUCUAAAGAUACUUAUGAAAUGUAUACAUAUUUUUUCUUGCACGUUACAGAGGAAAUAAUUGCAUAACACAGAUGUUCAGCGAACUUUUUUUUAAUGCAGUUUUUUCUUUCUUUCCUGAGACAUUUGAAACCACUGGUAGCUCAUUUCACUCUAUUUUAAACCCUUCUCUUCUCGAAAAAGCUAAUACGGGUCAUUCGGACCUUCAGAUUAAUUGGAUCCACAUUUCCCAGUGACGUUUGCACAACAUUCAGGACAGCCAUGCCAUCGUCAUUUAACUCGUGAACCUCUCUUUAGAACUAAAAUGGGUGUGGAAGAAUAAAAUUCAGUGUACUGUAAGUAUUCAUAGUAAUUCUAGUAGAAUUAGCUACCAUAACAUGUUUAUUAUAUAAUGAGCUGGCAUGACACAGAAAUAUAUUUUGUGUUUGUAUGACUUUUAUUUUGAAUAGGUUAAAUCUGGUGCCACUCCAUAUAUAGAGUGCUUUUGAAAAAAAAAAAUCAAUAAAAAGAAACAAAAAAAAAUAAAAAAUGAGUGAAUGCAAAAUAAGCAACUGUGCCUUUUAUACCUGUUGUUAUGGUAAAAAAAAAAAAAAAUGGUUGUUGGGGUUUGGACAAUGAGGGGAAAUGGGCUAUUCCCAACUUUUUUGAUCCUAUAUAUUUAUCCAUGGUUAUUUUCUGAAAAUUAAUGAAUAAUAUAUUAAAAUUUUGCCUUCUGACAAACUCAGAUAAUGGACCAGUCUUAAAUAUUGUUCAUUCAUAAAUCAAAAUUAAACCAUUAAUAUGGGCUGCUGAAAUCUGACUAGAAAGUGAAACCAGUUUACUGUGAAACUAACACAAAGGAAUUAUCGGGGUGAAAUCAGUCCAUUAUGCAAGGGAAAAUACUGAUUCAGAAUUUUUAUUUUUUUUUUGUCAUUGUUCUUGUAGCUGCCAUUUUCACUUUGGUUAUGUAGUAAAUAAAUCAUACCUAUUUUCUGUACACAGGAAUCUCAAGUGAACUUUGCAUGCAUUAUACAUUAGGACACAUUUAUAAAUUAAUGAAUAACGACAUAAAUUUAUAUGUAUUAAAAUGUCUGUAGCUUUGUUCUAAAAUCGACUGCUCUUUCUGAAUCUGCGGAUGUCAUUUUUGUACAGUUUCCGACUGGCCUGCUGCCUGAGUUUCAGAAAAUAAGGGAGGCAUUAUUUUUAUGGGAGGAGGAACUACGAUGGUACUGAGGGUGUGUGACUGAAAGACUACCCUAGGAAGCUGUCUUAUAGGAAAAUAAAACACACAGUCCAGAAGAAACUGCCAAGAAGCAAAUAGCCAUUCUAAAAUACAAGUAAUCUGAAGACCUAAAUCAUUGCAAGUAUAUCAGUGAUAAAUAAAUAAAUGUGUCUUCAAGAAAAGGGGUAAAGAUGGUCAUGAAUACAGUUAAGCUUGAUAGUUGUGAUCUAGGCAGAUACAUAUAACAUUUGAAGGAAAGCAUCAUUUUUUUCAGCUACCUAGGGUUUGCUUUCAGACAACUUUUCCUACAUUUUAAAGCACUUGCAUUCAGUGUAGUACGAUCUGUUUGUAAUGUUAAUCAUUGAUUAUCGUUCUGCUACUUGGAUGUUGAUAGUGAAGCAGAGAACAAUUUAUCAUCGUUUAUUAUGAGUCACUAUGCACGCAACUAUGCUUAACAUGACGAAAUGUAUUAAACACUCGUCCAACUAUUUAUGAAAUACUUUACAUAAUUUAAUUUGCUUUUGUACAGUUUUAUGUAAAUAAAUUGCUUGUCAUUUUUGUCUCUGCAAAUUAAAAUAUAACAUGGUCAAAUGGU